UGUGUGUGUGUGUGUUGUGUUCGGUGUGUGUGUGUGUGUGUGUGUUUGGUGUGUGUGUGUGUGUGUGUGCGGGUGAGUGUGUAUGUGUGUGUUUGCGGGUGUGUUUGUGUGUGUGCGGGUGAGUGUGUAUGUGUGUGUGUGUGUGUGCGGGUGUGCGUGUGUGUGUUCGGUGAGUGUGUGUGUGUGUGUGUGCGCUUUCAUGUAGACAGUCACAGAUUCGGGGUGGCAGGAGGGAGGACGGAGAGCAGCAUUGUCGAGUGUGAGCAGGGGGGAAGAGGAGGGGUGAACGGGGUAGUCGAGUACAGAAAGGAGAGAGAGGACACACCGAGAGGAAGAGACAUCUGUUAACUGAGCAUGUUAAAGGAGGAAUUGAACAUUCAAGGUAAGCAAAUAGCCUGCAUUUUUCCCCCUACUGAAGAACGUUGGGAGUACCCCCUACUGAAGAACCGUUGGGAGUACCCCCUACUGAAGAACCGUUGGCUCAGUGGACGGUGAAGGACGUUCCCCCCCUACUGAAGAACCGACGUUCCCCCCCCUACUGAAGAACCGUUGGCUCAGCUGACAGUGGACGGUUCCCCCCCUACUGAAGAACCGUUGGCUCAGCUGACAGUGGACGUUUCCCCCCUACUGAACAUGAACAGGAGAUGAUGUUUAGGAGCAUUCUCAUUUUGUGCCUGUUUUGCAAAUGUACCAAAACGCUGUCAAGCUACAGUGGUCCAAGUUUGACCGUCCCUAAAAAUUCCCCCUCAACAAAUCCACCCGUGUCUGUGGCGCCAGUUGAAGACGACAGCAGUGAACUUGUGGAUUGGCUGAUGAGAUACGGAUACCUCCCGCCCCCAGACCCAUCCACUGGGCAGCUACAGGCCUGGACAGCUGUCACUCAUGCAGUGAAAUCCAUGCAACGGUUUGCUGGCCUAAUGGAAACUGGAGUAGUGGACCAGGACACCACUGCCUUGAUGAAGUCACCACGGUGCUCUCUACCUGACCAGGAGGAGCCACCUGGCCAGCCAGCCAAUCAGCACCAAGGAGGGAGGGGCUCGUUGAAGAGGAAGAGGAGGACGGCUGGUUCGACUUGGACCCGGCGGAGCAUCAACUGGAGGUUGCGGUCCUACCCCUUCUCCUCUGAUCUCUCCCGGGAGACCAUCCGGUCGCUGGUUUACUACGCCUUGAGGGUAUGGGCGGAGCCAACCUCCUUAGAGUUCCAUGAGGUGGCCGGCCCAGAGGGAGCAGACCUCCAGGUGGACUUCCUCCACGGUCACCAUGGGGAUGGCUACCCUUUUGAUGGGCCAGGCGGUGCCGUCGGCCAUGCCUUCUUCCCCUCAGACCCCAGGAGGGCGGGGGUCGUGCAUCUGGACUCGGAGGAGGACUGGUCCUUCAGGAAACCAGGGUCAGAGGGGACGGACCUGUUCACCGUGCUGGUCCAUGAGGUGGGCCACGCGCUGGGCCUGGCCCACUCCUCUGACCGCCGCUCUGUCAUGAGGCCGUACUACCUGGGCCCCGCCGGGGACCCCCUGGGCUACAGCCUGGGGCCCCGCGACCGGGAGCGCAUCACAGACCUCUACGGAAAGAGAGCUGAGCUGCUGACUACAGACGCACCUCAUCUCAGUCCUGACCCCCGCCUGCGCCAUAGAGGACCAGGCAGACAUGGUGAUUUCAUUGAUCGUUGCAACACCAGUUUCGACGCAGUAGCCAAGCUCAGAGGAGAGACGUUUUUCUUCAAAGGGCAGAGCAUGUGGAGAGUCAGCAGGGGGGGUCUGGUCUCCGGCCACGGAGCCUCCAUUAGGAGGCUGUGGACCGGCCUACCUGACCCCCUGCCCACCCUCCAGGCCGUGUUGGAGAGGAAACGGGACCAUGGCAUUAUGUUCAUCAGCGAGUCCAGGGUUUGGCUGUUCCAGGACCUGUCUCUGCAGGAGGGCUACCCUCGACCCCUCUCAGACCUCCGCCUGGACACCAGGGACGGGGGAACCACCCCUGGGCUGAAUGGUCUGGUGUGGGACUCUGAAGAAGGGCCUGUGUGGGGGGUGAUGGGGGAACCAGCGGAGAAGGACAACGACACCUGGGCUAGCCUCCUCCAGGCGGGCGUCAACGGCAUCACCACGGAUACGGGCGAUUCCAUCUACCUCUUCAAAGGAGACCGCUACUGGAAGUUCCUGUUCCCUGGCUCCUCCCCAGAGCCGGGGUACCCACGACCCAUGGCCGCGGAUUGGCUCGACUGCCCUGACACCUCCUCACCCAUGCCAGCCGACGUGUCUCCGUCGUUUCAUCCCGUCGGACGCCAAGGGGUCCAAGAGAAAUGGAGAGAGGAGCGAGUCGGACCUGUGGCAGAAGGAAAAGACAAGGAACAUGAAAACGGAGUCCAACAUGGAGACGGAGAACGGAGCAGACCGCAGCUCCGCGCUUGUAUCUGCAGUACAGCGCCAGUGACCAGGACCGCCCCCCUCAGUACGGCCUUACUCCUAGGAACUUGGAUCCUGUCCGCUAUGUAAUGAUGGCCGUUAGUGAAAGUUCUCAGAGACCAUGUAAAACCAGCCUGUGGCAGUUAAUAGACUUUGUGAGUUCAACUAUAGAUAUACAAGGUUACAGCUGGGGUUAAGGUAAUGAAAGAGGGGAGGGGAGGGGUUACGGUUCGAGUAGAGGUAGUGGGGGGAUCUGAAUUGAGGCAUGAUCGAACCGGCGGUCUCUGAGCUUCUACUGGACCAGUACUCUAGCCUCGAUGAAUUGUCAUGAAACUAGCUAGGGUUGUACAUUUGGAGGAACCAGCCAGGCCUGAGGGACUGCGGGCCUUUAGGCCUCCAUCCAUCCAGGACACUCCUCCAUAUCAAACGACUCUUCAGCAGCAGGUCUGCCCCCUGGAGGAAGAGUCAUGAACAAGAAUUGAAGGGCACUCAACCAUAACCCUCACCGGGUAGGCAGUUAGACAGGUGGGGAGAUACACAGGUAGGUAGAAAGACAGACAGGUUGACGGACAACUAGGUAGACAGACAGAAAGGUAGACAGACAGGUAGACAGACGGACAGGUAGACAGGUAGGUAGACGUACAGACACAGGUAGGCCAUUCAAUAAUUGAUUGGGCAGAAAGUAAUGAUUGACAGCUUAUGACAGGUAGCCAUAGAAAAUAGCAGAUUUGUUCAUUUUUUGUCAGCAUUUUUUAUUAAUAAUGCUGUCUGGAUGUCAAGAGAAUCUCCAUAAAUAUGACAAUUUGUCAUGUGCAAGUUGCACCACCAAGUAAACAGACUAAAGAAAACCUCGGUUUGUGUUUGAGGACGCUUGCAUGUUGUACAUUGUGGAAUGGUAGGAAACAAUAAACAGAGGUAUGUGUAGAAUAUGUGUUCUAUUAAUUAUGGUAACAAUUGUACACAAACUUUUCAGAUCAUCUAGGCAAUACAAUUGAAAGAAAUCUAUGUUGCAUAAUGUAUAUUAUGAGUAAAUGUUUGUAAAUAGAUCAACAUAAUUUCCCCUUUGUCGUUAUAUCUUGCAACCCAUAACAUCCUUCAGUACCAGGU